AGACAAACUCGCCUGUCCGUCAACACAAGCGUAAUCCGCAUGCGCGGAAGUACGCUGUCAGGUCCCAAGACAGCCAUGCUUGGGAACCCGCCAAACGAUGGGCGCCACUGGUUCAAGCAUAAGCGCAGUUUCUCGUGGCCCAUGAACAAGAGGGAGAGCAUGCGCCAUGCAGCCGAAGCUUCUGCCCAGAAGCAGCGCCCGGGAGUCCCAGGCAACGCAUUGCCGUCGGACUCGGGGUCAUCCGACGCCAACGCCCUCUUUGUAUGACGUCGAUAUCCACGGCACAGCUGCCGACUGGGAGAACUACGCACUGACAAUGAACCUGAACAGUAGCAGCGAACACGGGCAUCUGUCGGCUAUCCCUGAGCACUUGUCACCGCCACCGCCUGUGCCGCCGCGCAGCAGCACUAGUCCACGAAUGCCUAUCUUGGAUGAGACACCGCUGCCGCUGCUGCCGAAUGACACUGCGCCCCAUCCACCCACAUACUCGCAGAGCUGCACAGUCAAGCCGCAGGUCUAUGUGACGAGCGAUAGGCCCAGCGAGCCCAGCGCCCCGACAAUCGGCGAGUUUUUGCGGUUUGACGACAUGGAUAUCCCGCACAACCGUGUGCAGUAUUUCUCGACUGGCGAAGGCGGCCGCAAGUGCAUGGAGGAGAUCUCGCGCGAUGGCUACAUGCUGUUCUAUGCUUUGCAGCGUGUCGAAUUGCCCAGCGACAAGGCGCACCAGGAGUCACUUGAGGGUCGGACGUGGGUCGCAGCAGGCCAUGGAAGAGCUGUCGAGUGCACUACAGCAGGACGAGCAGGACAUGAGCUCGAAACGGAUUAUUGAUGCAAUUAUGAGGAACAGCGGUGCGUAUGAGAAGGAGCAGGCAGGACCCAGCGUUCUUCGUUCUGGCCGAUUAUAAGGACGAUGGCAGGUCGUUUGAGGAUUUGGCGAUGCGGUGGCAGAAUGUCAGGGUUAGUGAGACAGCGUCGCCUGUGGGACCGCUAGGUGGCGAGCAGCAUAAGAGGCCAGAGCCGAAGCAGCACCAGCUGUUGGAUGGCCAGGGACUCAGAAGGAGUUUUAGUGGCAAGGGCCGGGAAAAGCGAUCCUCAGACAAGCAUGGCAAGCAUGAUGAGCAGUGCUUGAUUAUGUAAAACUAUACACACAAUAUAUGAUACCUAGAAUACAGAGAUAAGUUGGC